UAAAGGUGCAGCAGCAGCAGGAAAAGUAACUCAGAAAUCGAAAAAUAGCUCAGGUUGAUUAAAGAUCACCUACAGCUGAGUUCUAGGAAUGCUUUUCCAUUCGGUUGUCGAUAGACGAUACGGCAGAUCGCGCCAAAAUGCCCUCCCUGCAGAUCCGUGGCCUAAAUACCCUUUGAGUUCUCUCUUGGAAGGGUAUCGGUGUGCACGUCACGACGAACACAUCUCCUAUGGGAAUUUGGGUGACCCGGUGCCACCAUUUGGCUUAGCCUUUCCAUCUGUCACAACCCUGCAAGACUGCCUUGCAAUGGCCAAUGAAGAAGGCAUUGUCAGGAUAUACAACACAGAGAGGCGGGAAACACCGCUGCUGAAAGAAUGGUUGGCUCAUGAAAAUGCCAUCUUUGAUGUAGCGUGGGUACCAGGGGAGCCUAGCCUGGUGACUGCUGCUGGGGACCAGAUGGCAAAGCUGUGGGACGUGAUGACAGGGGAGCUGUUGGGGAGCUUCAAGGGUCACCGCUGCAGCCUGAAGUCGGUAGCGUUCGCGCAGCAGGACAAAGCUGUGUUCUGUACCGGCGGCAGAGACGGAAAUAUUAUGGUUUGGGACACCAGGUGCAGCAAAAAAGAUGGUUUCUACAGACAAGUGAAACAGAUCAGCAGUGCACACAGAGCAGAGAGAAGCAGUCCUUCUGUGACAAAGAAGAGGCGAUCGAGCACGCGUGGCAUAGCCCCCAGUGUGGAUUCACAGCAAAGUGUCACAGUUGUUUUGUUUCGUGACCAGCAUACCCUCAUCUCAUCUGGAGCUGUCGAUGGAGUCAUCAAGAUGUGGGAUCUGAGGAAGAACUACACCGCGCACCAUCAUGACCCUGUUGCACUCCAUUCGUACUCGUACCCUGGCUCUUGCACACGUAGACUAGGGUAUUCUGGACUCACUCUGGACUCCACCAGAUCCAACCUCAUGUGCAACUGCACUGAUGACAACAUUUAUAUGUUUAAUGUCAGCGGACUAAAGACAAGUCCAGUUGCGGUUUUCAGUGGUCAUCGCAACUCCUCAUUUUACGUAAAGUCCAGUGUUAGCCCUGACGACCAGUUCUUAGCCAGUGGCUCGAGUGACCAUAACACAUACAUCUGGAGGAUUUACGAUCCCACUCAUCCUCCCGUGAUUCUCCAAGGCCACAGCGAGGAAGUGACGUCUACCGCAUGGUGCCCAACAGAUUUCACCAAGAUUGCUUCCUGUUCGGAUGACAACACUGUACGGAUCUGGCGGCUCCACCGGGAAGUGGAUGGAGUUGAAUCUUCAGUUGGUGAUGCCAACCUUGUGGGAUGGGCACAUCUGAAGUCUCCCUUAAGUCCUGUAAGCCGAGGUGAAACCACUCCUGCCAAGAACCGGAUGGCAGGGAGUCAGGAAGGCGUGGCUUCUCCCCAGGUAGCUGCCUGUGCUCCCGUUGGAGCCGCGCUGCCUCUGCCUUCCAGCACUGCAUCACCCAUCCAGUCUCAACACACCAGCCCCCCAGUCCGGCAUAGAACACCACCUUCCAUCAAACGGUGGUUUUCCUCCAACCAAGAAUCUCCUCCCAAUCAACUCAGCCCUCCUGACCGCAGGGUGCUAAGUCCACGUAACCAGAGCCCGGUAAGCGACACCCCAUCCACGGAGAGACGGGCCAAACGCAGGCUUGAAACUGGCGAUGAUGAAUCCGCAGGCUGCAGCGGGGCACAAGAGUGGCACUGUGUGGCAGAACUUUACCAUGCGGCCAAGAGAAGCCGUAUCCUGACUGGAGUCUGUUGCCCUCCGGAGGAACGGAACCAUCGAACGGAACUAUGUCAAGAUAGCCGGACGCAAACGGACUGCCAUACAGAGGAAACGCUGCAUGCAACAUCAAGGCAGACUGGAAAGGAGAACUGCUCUCCCAGUGGAAUGGACUGGUUGUCAUUGAUGGGUCAAAAGAUGAAGAACGGCCAAAGGAACCCGAGUGCUGCCACCAGGAGCCCCAGCAGCUCUAAGAAGCAUGAACGUAGAACACCAGCAUCACCUACAAUCCCCUCGCCACAGUCCAUGAAGAAGAUCUCCACAUACUUCAGAAGGACGACAUCGGCUUGACCAAACAUCCUCCACGUUUCUGUGUAACAUGCUGUGAUAAAUGUUUUCUGGGAAUGGCCAGAUUUCCAGAUGGGGAGCAUGCCGCAAUUUGAACUAGAUGUUGUUAUGGAGCAUUUGACUACUGGUGGGCUGUAGUACACCAAAUUGCUAACCUUUAACAUGAACCGCGAUUAGCGCUUACUUUU